AUGCAGGCCUUCUUCGAUUGGUUCUGGGACAUCCUGGCCUCGCUUGGCCUCGCCAACAAGCAUGCCAAACUUCUCUUUCUCGGUCUCGACAACGCUGGCAAAACUACUCUCCUCCACAUGCUUAAGAACGACCGUGUCGCCAUCCUACAACCCACUCUCCACCCAACUUCAGAAGAGCUGAGCGUCGGAAACUGCCGGUUCACCACCUUCGAUCUUGGCGGUCACCAACAGGCACGCCGACUAUGGAAGGAUUAUUUCCCGGAGGUCAGCGGAGUCGUCUUUCUUGUCGAUGCUAAGGACCCCGAGCGAUUCGCCGAGAGCAAGGCUGAGCUCGAUGCGCUGUUGAGCAUGGAGGACCUCGCCAAGACACCCUUCCUCAUCCUGGGAAACAAAAUCGACCACCCGAGCGCUGUCAGUGAGGAUCAGUUGAGGCAUGAGUUGGGACUUUUCCAGACGACUGGUAAGGGUAAGGUUCCGCUUGAGGGAAUCCGACCCAUCGAGAUUUUCAUGUGCUCUGUCGUUAUGAGGCAAGGAUACGGCGAGGGUAUUCGCUGGUUGUCGCAGUACGUUUAG